AGCUCAGAAAUCAUAAGUAAGUCUAGACAUUUCAAGGUUGAAGGUGUUUGGAAAUCUGAUAUUGUUUAAGAAGUAAUCUUGGGCAUAGGGGCGACAAGAGGAAUAGAAAGCUGAUGAAAAUAAAUUCCUCACAUGCAGACCAGUGUUGGAGCUGGGUAGUGAGUACAUGAGAAUUUAGCAUAUUUUUCUCUAUUUUUGUAUAGGCUUGCAAUACCCAAUAGCAAAUGCCUUGUUUUUAUGCUAAAAAAACGCACUUCCGGUAGUCACCAUUACCGCUGCUGCUGCUGCUGCUGCUGCUGCUGCUGCUGCUGCUGCUGCUGCUGCUGCUGCUGCUGCUGCUGAGGCUGCGGGCGUAGGCCGGAGGACCGGGCGGCGGUGGCGGCGGGAGCGCAACGGGACGACCGAGCGAGAGCCGGCGAGUUGAGAGCCGAGCGCUCUCUUUCUCCGGCUCUAGGAGCCAGUGCCUCCCGGGCCCCGCCUGAGCCAUGUCUGCGUCGGCAGGCGGCGGACACCAGCCCAGCCAGAGCCGCGCCAUCCCCACGCGCACCGUGGCCAUCAGCGACGCCGCGCAGCUACCUCAGGACUACUGCACCACUCCCGGCGGGACGCUGUUCUCCACCACGCCGGGAGGAACACGAAUCAUUUAUGACCGAAAGUUUCUGUUGGAUCGUCGCAAUUCUCCCAUGGCACAGACCCCGCCUUGCCAUCUGCCCAAUAUCCCUGGAGUCACCAGCCCUGGCACCUUAAUUGAUGACUCCAAAGUAAAAGUGAACAACUUGAACAACCUGAACAAUCAUGACAGGAAGCACGCAAUUGGGGAUGAGGCCCAGUUUGAAUUGGACAUCUGACUGCUACACAAUCUAAGGAGGCUUCAGCACAGCGGCCCACGUGACCUGACUGGGCCAGUAGGAAUGCAGUGAACCGAGAAGCCGGCAGUUCCCCCUCCCCUCCCUCUGGGAGCCAAAUGGUGGGAGAUAAAGCUCCUGCCCCUGCCCCGUUAAGGUUAGGAUGAAAGCCCUUGGAUUACUCUGGAACUAAGCGGUUGGUCCUUGGAGGAAAGCGUUUCCUGUAACUUGCCUGUUCAUUUCCUAAGAAUCUUCCGCCCCCUUCUGAUUUGCCCCAAGUCCAGGAACUCUCUAAGAAGAAGCACUGCUGCUUGGGGUGACUGGGGAGGGAAGGAGGUUUGGUGCCCAUUGCUGUUCCUGUACUCUCUUCUGUCUUCCUCCUUGCAUCCCAUUGGCGAGUCAGUGCUGGAUGUGGGAUCUUUAAACCAUUCCGAAGAAUGAUAAACAAAAUGAGCUGCUUGCCCUAUCCCUGGAGAUGUUUGUCCUUGGUACUGGAGCACAGCUCUUGUACCUCCUGUGUGUAGCUCCAACUGCAUUCCUGCGACACAUGACAUGAGCUCCCUUUUCUCUGGGGAGAAGACUUCUGUCCUGGGUGUGAUGGCUCAUCUCCCCAUUCCCUUAUCUAAUUCAUUGGCACAGGUAUUUUUUAAGCCUUCCUUCUGAAGAGACCCCU